AGAGUCCGCUAACGUGUCGGGGCAUUUUUAGUGGUGUCGGUAUUUCAGAACAGUAGACAGAAAAAUACAUUGUAUGCACAGUCUGUACAUAUCUUGAGUCUGUGUUCACAAUUUCGAUGGUUUGCGACUGCGUUUGUGACUAACGUUACAGAGCAUCAAUUCUACAAGGAAUAAUAAUUUUUACAGUAAUUUUUUAAAAUAUUACUUUCUUUAGGUUAUUUUUACUAUUUAUUAUGGAAUUUUAUAGUUUUCCAAGACACUUUCAAAGCCCUUGGUGAAAAAUAAGAAAGAGAAAAGAAUUGUAAGAGUUGGGUUCAAUGUAAUUUGGAAAUAAUUACAAUGAGUAAAAAACGUACUCGACAACCAGAUGCAAACGAAGAACUGAUUGAAGGUUCGACUGAUUCAUGCGAUGAAUCUAGCACUACAGAUGACAGAUGCCCACAUAUUUCAAAAGCUGUAAACUUCAGCAAAGUUAAAAAAUUUAUCAAAAAGGAAAUUAGUUCAGAAUGUUCAGUUUGCAAAAAAAGUAAAAAUAAUUCCUUGAAAGUGGAUGAGGAGGAUUGUAAAGCAACUUCAACAAUAUUAAUCUGUUUGUUAUGCGGUCAUCAUGGUUGUAAAAAAGAAGAAUUUGGACAUGCUUUGCAACAUUAUAAGAAACCACAUAGUGAUUGUCAUUGUAUUGCUGUAGACACUUCUUCUUGGAGUGUUUGGUGUUAUGAAUGUGAUACAGAAAUUAAUAUUAGCUAUAGGAAAAAAUUGCAAGAGACGGUUGGAUUUAUAAAACGUGCUAGCACAAAAUGUAAUUCGCCGCAGACUAACUCAACAGUAUCUCAUUUUCAAAAAGAGAUUGUAGAUAUAGAUGUACAGAAAGAUAAAAUUUCAAAUAAUCUUCCUAAAGUUGGGGGUUUAAUGAAUAUGGGAAACACUUGUUUUUUCAACGCAGUUCUACAAUGCUUAGCGCAAACACCCUUUUUAGCGGAGGUUCUUAAUGAUUUACGUCUUCCUGGACAAAAGUUUGUUCUACCGGGUGGGAAACAUAAGCUUGCUGACAGUUCAGAAGAAGUUGAAUUACCACCUAUAGAGGGUACUUUGGAAAGUUGGGGCAACUUUACUUCAGUUUUGCACACAACAUUAAUCGAUAUGCAAAAUUCGGAUGGACAUAAAUGUUAUUGUCCAUCAGAUCUGUUAAACGCGUACAAAAAGAAAACAAUGCAAUGUAUGGAUGGGGGACAACAUGAUUCACAUGAACUUCUUAGGCAUCUUUUAGAAUUAGUUAGAAACGAGGAUCUUAGGAGAUACCAGGUAGCAAUUUUAAAACAAAUUGGUUUAAAUCAAAAAACGAAUCCAGAAGAAGUAGAAAAGAGUUUGAGGUCCUGCAUAAAAUUCUAUGGAAAUCAGGCAAGCGCAAGAUCACUAGGAGCAGAAGAUGUUUUUGGUGGAAUUUUGGUUUCUACUUUGAAAUGUCUUGACUGCCAUCAUACUUUGCAGAGUAUAGAGCCUUUCCUAGAUCUCAGCUUGCCAAUACUAGCAGACAAACCACAGCCACCAAUUUUGAAAAGGAAGAACAGUGGUUACGAAGAUUCCUUUGACAUACCGAGAAAUAAUGUUUCUCAUACGCCUUCAAAAUACCAAUUAAAGAAAGAAAAGAAAGCUGCGCAAAGAAAUAGAAAGGAAGAAAUUUGUAACUAUAACAAUGAUACACGUAAUAGAAGCAAUGUUGUUGAAGAAAAUAAUGUCAGCAUGAAUGAAUCAGAAGAAAGUGAUGCAGAUGUAGAAGACAAUGUAGAAAUAGAAACCUUUUUUCCAGAAACCAACGGAUUUGGUUAUAGCUCAGAAAAACAAUCCACUUUAGCUAGUCCUGCUUCUCCUUUAAUUGAUCCAGUGAAAACUGAUGAAACAACCAAUGGAGGGCCAGCAGAUUUACAAUUCGUUCCAAUAAUCAAACGAUCACGUCGAAGAAUAGUUGAUUUCUACGACACGGAGUUAUUUAAGUUUGAGACUUCAGGGAAUAAAGUUGGAAUUCAGACUGAAUGUUUCGUGUCCAAUUGUAUAACGGCGAACUCAGAAUUAACCAGUCCAGAAGGAUUGACUGUCAGUUUGAGUUCGACUACGUCGAAGGAAAGUCCUGGUAGUCCUAGUUUUGUUUCUGAAAGUAGCGAAAAAACUUUGGAAAAUAGCGAUACACCAAUAUCUAGAUUAAAUUCAGUGGAACCUAUUGCUCACAAUCAACAGGAGGGUGCUACUCAGAAUCAAUGCAACAGCGAAGGAAGAAAGAAAACUGUAGAAUAUUCAAAUGAGGUUUGUAAUGGAAUCAAUGGUAUAUCUCAUGGGAUUUCGAAAAUGGGUCUUGGCAAUCACACAUCACCUACCAGAUAUACAACCAAGGAAGGAGAAUGUUCUAUACAAUCCUGUUUAAACCAGUUUACUGCCUUAGAAUUGAUGAGUGAUAGUAAUAAAAUUAACUGUGAAGUUUGUACUGCAAGGGAGAGGAAGAUCAAAGAAAACUGCAAAAUGAUACGUACACCUAGUACAAAGCAGUACCUGAUAUCUCGAGUACCUGCAGUUUUGAUACUUCAUCUGAAACGAUUUCAAGCACAACGACUAGAUUUUCGAAAAGCAACGAGGCCUGUUUCAUUUCCAGUAAUACUCGAUCUAGCACCUGUGUCUAAAAAUCACAAAAAAGCUAAAGUGUAUGCAUUAUAUGGAGUUGUUGAACAUAGUGGAACUAUUCGUGGUGGACAUUACGUUGCUUAUGUGAAGUCGCGUGCACCAUUAACAUCGGAUGAUCCCCGAUGGUCGUUUCUAUCGUCUAAGGAUACUCAAAAGACUGAAGGAACAUUAUCUUCAAAUUCAGAUUCUGAGAGUGAAGAAGCAGCUGCCAGUCUCCCAACUACAGUGGAACCACCGCCAGGAAAAUGGUAUUAUGUCUCCGAUUCUAGAGUAACAGAGGUCGAUGAAACAACCGUUCUGCGAAGUCAAGCUUACCUUCUCUUUUAUGAACGAAUUCUUUGAACAUAAUUCUGUAAUAACAAUUGGAAUCAAGCAUACAAAAACAUACUUUUAGAAUAAAGAAAAGGAUCUCAAGCUACAACCUUGAUUGUUUAAAUUAAUUGUGAGCAACGCCAUGAUUCUAAAACAAUCGUUUUUAACGGAAUAUAUUGUGUUCAUUUCCUGUAAGUAUCCUGUGGGGCGCGAACAAUUCUACGACAAAAAAACGUCCAGCCGUUCCGCAGCCGGAUAAUGUAAAGCUUCGUCAAACGCAUCGAUGAAAACAUUGAUGAAAUUUUGGUAGAUGACACAUAUUCGUUUUCGAUUAACUACAAUAACUUGACUUUAAAAAAAUUAGUUUUCCAUUUUGUUAACUAUGGCGCAGCAGGCCAAGAAAUCUGAAAAAAAUUAGAAAUGAUUCAUACUAAUAUGUUACUAUUGUAAAAAUGAAAAAGUUGUCGCUCGAAAGCUUCAAUACGAAAUCUACAUUUUUUAAUAUCUUUGAAGGUUUCACAUUUUUCACGUUAAGGAUUUGCAAAGAAAAAAUUCUCAGUCAUAUGUUGCUGUGCCAAAAAUGUCUCAGAAUUUUUUCAGAAUUUUUACGUACCAUGAAAUAGGGAAAAUAGGACAAAACUUGAUAAUUCGAAUUUAUUCUGUAACUGCUCUUCUGGUUGAGAUAAAAGGUUGAAAAUUGGUGUACAAUGCUUUUUAUAGGUAAGCUAUCGAACGUAACUUUUACGGGUAAAAUCGGUUUAAGAGUAUUUUUGACCCUCUUAUCAUGCUACACCCUUUAAAAGUGUUCAUGAUAAUGUAAUACCAAACUGUGAAUGUUCUAACAUUUACAUGUUCCAAUUAUGUACAGUAAUGAAUUAUUUUCAACUAUCUUUACCAUUAAAAAGGUAAUUUUACCAUUUACUUUUUAGUUUUGUUAAUGUCUUUACCUGGCGAUUAUUUACAUAAUAACCAUAAAUACUCAUCAUUUUUAUAUCUUUAUUUAGAGAUUAAAAAUAUAUUACAAUGUUGCUCAGUAUAUUUAAUCUGUAAUGGACAUUAUUAAGCAUUCAACAUCAUUGCCUCUAAAAUUGUUUCUGACACAGAUUUGAUGUAUAUACAGAAUCUAUAUACACAAGGUGUUUCACUUAACUUUAUCAUUUGAUAUAUUCCUUUUAUCAUAAAUAUUUCUUUAUUACUAUUCUACAUGUACUAAAAUGAAAAUAUUUUCACUCUGGCCAAGGAUAUUACAAAAAAGUAAAGAUUAUGCUGUCUUUGUACAUAAAAGUAAAUUGUUGAAGAUGUAAAAAAUAUUUUAUGUGAUAUAGUUAAGUGAUAUAUCCCAUAUUUACAAUGUAUUUACAUUGUAUACUUUGUUAAACAAAAGAAUAAAAUAGACAAUAUUUUAACUGGGCAUGCACCAUGAAACAUCUAUAUAUGUAUUGUAUAUACAGAGUAACUGAAAAAGUUUGUAUAAAAUUUAUAUCAGUGGAAUUUUAUUGGU